UAUUUGAUGAUACAUUAUCACCAAUAAAACCUGAUGCUAUUUUUCCAAAUAAUUGGUUUACAACACAUUCCGAUGGAACAAUUAUUCUCUAUCCAAUGCUUGCAGAAAAUCGUCGUCUCGAACGUCGUGAAGAUCUUAUUAAAAAAUUAUCUCAAAUUUAUCAUGUUACAGCUAUUAUUGAUUUAAGUAUAUAUGAACAACGAAAUCAAUAUCUUGAAGGUACUGGUUCAUUAGUACUUGAUCGUAUAAAUAAAAUUGUUUAUGCUGUACGAUCACCACGUACACAUGAAAUAAUUAUUCAACAUUUUACUAAAUUAAUGAAUUAUCAACAACCUCCUAUUAUAUUUGAUAGUGUUGAUGAUAAACAAAAACCAAUUUAUCAUACAAAUGUUAUGAUGGCUAUUGGUACAUAUGUUGCUAUUAUAUGUUUAGAUUCAAUUAUUGAUAAAGAUCAAAGAAAAACUAUUGUAAAAUUACUUGAACAAAAUGGAAAACGAAAAAUUAUUAAUAUUACACUUGAACAAAUGAAAUAUUUUGCUGGUAAUAUGCUUGAAAUACAAAAUAAACAAGGUCAUUAUUUAUUAGUUAUGUCAAAAACAGCUUAUAAUUCAUUAAAUGAUGAACAACGAAAUUUAAUUGAAAAAACAAAUACUCAAUUAAUUUAUUUUGAUGUAUCAACUAUUGAACAAUGUGGUGGAGGAAGUGUUCGAUGUAUGAUUGCAGAAAAUUUUCUUUAUCAAAAUAAUUAA